AUCUGCUAUAUUUAUUUAUUUUGCAAUGUAAUACGCCUACGUAUCUGCAGACAUGAAACAUUCUCUUUGUAAAAUUUCCGAUCGAGUCAAACGUCAACAAUCAUCGCACCAGCAACGCACGACACGAUUUCCGAUGGUGAUAAAAGCUAAAAAUGGUAACAAAAAAGUUUAAAUCGGCAUGUACGCAAAUAUACAUGAUUGCAGUACCGGCGGCGAAACGCAACGCAUGUUAUUUGCAAUGAUAAUCGCCGUCGCGAUAGCGCACGCUGUGUCGUAACUCAAUGACUCCGAUUCCAUGCCAUUUAAAUCGACCGUGACGUAGUGGAGUCGUUUCCGCGAAACGCGAUAGAUCCAAUUUCCUCCAGGUGCUCGUAAAGGUUGAUAAAGACACUGGAUACGCGCGACUCGCAUUAUUUCGCACCAAGCUGCACGCGAUAUUAAAACGAACCCGGAUUCUGUUCCUCACCAUUGUGUUUACAAAACGACAAAAUUGCUGCCGCGUGUCAAUUAUAAUUGCGUAAGAUUACGAACGAUUGUUGAGAACGAUUGUCAGCACGCAAAAGUAUCAUACAUAACGACAGAAAUCAUCGGUACACGGAACUCGGUUUAGGCCUCGAGCGAUUCUGUCAAAACAAAACUGACUUCCAGAUGGAACUGUUUGGCAGUCGUCCCAAUACAUCCCUAGUGCAUUUUAGACAUCUGAUUCUUAACUUGCAUUGCCUUGAUAACUGAUCUGUGUGACACGUGACAUUGAUAAAAAACACAGCAAAAAGUAAAGUUAAUUAGUAAAAACAUCUAUCUUGAUAACCGUCCGUAAGACACGUAGUCAGUGCAAUAAAUUGGACUCAACCGACUAUUUACCAAGGUUCCGGCAACCGCAAGUGCGGAUUUCAUCGGGAUAAGAAUUUUCGAGGACAUAAAAAUGAAUUCGUUCGGAUGGAACAGGGAGAUAUGCGAGCCUGAAUUCGUCCGGCAACAUACAAAGAAAGUAGAGUUAGGAGAGAAGGGGUCUGGCUUCAGAUCACGAGGAGAAGUCCAAGACUUCAACAGACUGAGACGAGAAUGUCUGGAGACAGGACGGCUCUUCGAGGAUCCCGAAUUCCCGGCCAACGACUCGUCGCUAUACUUCUCCCGCAGACCGGACAGAUACAUAGAAUGGAGACGACCGAUGGAAAUCGCGGACAAUCCUCAGCUCUUCGUGGAAGGUUUCUCCAGAUUCGACGUUCAGCAGGGAGAACUGGGGGAUUGCUGGUUGCUGGCCGCCGUGGCAAAUCUGACCAUGCAUCACAAUUUGUUCUUUCAAAUUGUGCCAGAAGACCAGAGCUUCGAAGAAAAUUACGCUGGAAUCUUCCACUUCAGGUUUUGGCAAUACGGUAGAUGGGUCGAUGUGGUGAUUGACGAUCGAUUGCCCACCUAUCAUGGAAAAUUGCUGUAUCUGCAAUCGAGCGAGACUAACGAAUUUUGGAGCGCCCUUCUCGAGAAAGCAUAUGCGAAACUGCAUGGCUCCUACGAGGCAUUAAAGGGCGGCACAACCUGCGAAGCUAUGGAGGACUUCACUGGUGGAGUAACAGAAAUGUACCAAAUGGACCAAACGCCGCCAAAUUUGUUUAAGAUAUUGCUAAAAGCCUUUGAGAGAAACUCGUUAAUGGGUUGCUCCAUCGAGCCCGAUCCCAACAUAGUGGAGGCUGAAACACCUCAAGGACUAAUACGUGGUCACGCGUACAGCAUCACCUGCGUGAGAAAUGUGGAGAUUCAAAUGCCGAAUCGAUACGGUACCAUUCCUCUAUUGAGGCUUCGAAAUCCUUGGGGAAACGAGGCGGAAUGGAAUGGGCCUUGGAGCGAUCAAUCACCAGAAUGGAGAUUCAUCCCUGAUCAUGAGAAGGAGGAACUCGGCCUGACUUUCGAUCAGGACGGCGAGUUUUGGAUGUCGUUCCAGGAUUUUACCCGCUAUUUCACUCAACUCGAGAUCUGCAAUUUGAACCCUGAUUCUUUAACAGUAGACGAUAUCAACGUCGGGAAGAAACGUUGGGAGAUGAGCGUGUUUGAAGGAGAGUGGGUGCGUGGUGUAACAGCAGGUGGUUGCAGAAACUUUUUAGAUACUUUCUGCCAUAAUCCUCAGUAUCGUAUCACAUUGGAAAAUCCAGAUGACGACGACGAUAAGUGUACUGUGAUCAUUGCUCUGAUGCAGAAAAACAGGAGAGCGCAAAAAAGAAUGGGAGCUGAUUGCCUCACUAUUGGAUUCGCAAUAUACCAUUUGGAGUAUCCAGAGAGAUUGCCGAAACCACUAGACAGAAACUUCUUCAAGUACAAUGCGUCCGUUGGACGUUCACCGGCAUUUAUAAAUUUACGGGAAGUUACGUGCCGUUUCAAAUUACCGCCAGGCGUUUACUGUAUAGUUCCGAGUACUUUCGACCCAAAUGAGGAAGGUGAAUUCUUGUUGAGAAUCUUCUCUGAAAACAAGAACAAUAUGGAAGAGAACGAUGAAGAAGUCGGUAUGGGAGAAGUCGAUGAUAGGGUAAUUAACCCUGCGGGCGGUAAAAAGGACGAAAACGGAGAUAAUGUUCGCGAAGAACCCGAACAAGACCGCAAUGCCGAAAAAGUUCGAGAAUUCUUUAAGAAACUUGCUGGCGAUGAUUUAGAAGUGGACUGGAUGGAACUUAAAGAUAUCUUAGAUUACGCCAUGAGGAAAGAGUUACCGCAGUUGGCGCAUCGUAGCGAGGCACAUGAUCCCGAAACUGUUGAAGGAAAUGGUUCCCUUAUCGACACUCUCAUCUCACUGCUGUGCGGCAUUGUUUGUAAUAAUGAACAGUACAAUAAGCCCGUAGAGACCCACGACAGAGGUUUCAGCAAAGAUAUAUGUCGCAGUAUGGUUGCUAUGUUAGAUACAGAUCACUCUGGUAAACUCGGUUUCGAAGAAUUCAAGCUAUUGUGGAAUGAUAUUAGAAAGUGGAGGGCUGUUUUCAAAUUGUACGACAGAGACGAAUCAGGAUACUUAAGUGCAUUUGAAUUGAGACAAGCAUUAAACAGCGCAGGAUAUCGUCUGAACAAUCAUAUUCUUAAUAUACUAGUUCAUCGUUAUGGCACUAAAGACGGCAAGAUUACGUUCGACGAUUACAUAAUGUGUACGAUCAGACUUAAAACAAUGCUUGAUAUUUUUCGAGAAAGAGAUCCAGAUCAAACCCACACAGCUACAUUCACACUGGAAGAAUGGAUGGAAAAAACACUCUAUUCAUAAUAAAAUUUGGAACCACUAUAAUGAAUCUCAUCUUUAAUUCGA